AUGGUUGAUUUUGCAGGCUAUCUUAAAGCCGAUAAGCUCUCCACUCUGAUAACCGUCAAGGAACAGAGAAGACAAAGUCCACGUUUUCCCACAGUUAUCCGCCCACAAACAGUUACAGCAACACCUCCAACUAAAGCCUCACCGGAGCAAAAGAAGACUCAGAGAAAAGGCACUGCAGUGAUCACCAGAGCUUCCUCUGAAAGCGCGAAGCAGAUUGUUGAUAGUUUCUGUAGAACAGAACGGCCGUUAGAUGUUCUGGUCUGUAACGCUGCCGUUUACCAACCAACUGCUAAAGAACCUUCUUUCACAGCUGAAGGGUUUGAGUUAAGCGUUGGCACUAACCAUGUAGGACAUUUUCUUCUUUCAAGAUUGCUUCUUGAUGACUUGAAAAAAUCUGAUUAUCCAUCAAAACGUAUGAUCAUUGUUGGAUCUUGGGAAGAGAUACAACAAUCAACUGUCUAA